GCAAGGUGGAAGAGAUGCAGACGGCAAACUCCUUCCCGGCAGGAGCAUUCCCACACUCCUACCGCUUUACGAUUUUAUUGAUUUUUCACAGAAUAAAUAUGUAAAUUUAUGAUAUUUCUCUAUGAUAUUUUGAAUUUUCUUAAAAUCGAAUUAUGGGAAAUUAUAAAUCCAGGCCUCUAACUUCGUGUUCUGACGAGCUGAAAAAGAAGAUAUCAGAAGGAUAUUCAGUGGUUAGAAGCCGACUCAGUGAUGAUGUCAGAUCAAGGUCCAAUUUGGGAUGGGUUGACGUACAAAUCGCUGCUUUUGAAAAAUCCCUCGAAGAUUUCAAGCAACAUAUGUGCCCAGAAAAUGCGGAGCUAAAAUCUACUCAGCUUUUAUCAUUAUUCCAUAUAAUUUGUGCGGGACACUCUGACUCUCAACCUGAGAAACUUCAAUUUUUAAUCGACAAUCUACCCAAAGAAUCGUCUAUUACCCUGAUUUCCUCUCAAUCUGCAAAUGGCUUCACUCCACUGCACAUUGCAAUUUACCGUGGUGACGUGGCAAUUUUGAAGGCUCUUAUUGCAACAAAACUCGUAGAUCUGGAUCAAUCCGGAAGGCAUUUAUUACCAGCUUUACACUUGGCUGCAAUGAUUGGAGACUCUGAAAUGUUGACUAUUUUGUUGAAUUCUGGAGCAAAUAUUCAUGUUACCGAUUUUGUGCAUUUUACCGCUCUUCAUUGUGCCACCUAUUUCGGACAGGAAAAUGCGGUACGAACAUUAAUCUCUGCCUCAGCCAACUUGAAUCUCGGCGGAGCAGUAAAUGAUCGCCCAAUCCACUUGGCAGCUGCAAAGGGUCUCACAUCGAUUACGAAGCUUCUCUUAGAGGCAAAAGCUGAUCCUCUUCUUGCCGAUGAUGAAGGGAAUCAAGCAUUGCACUACGCUGCAAAAUCCGGAAGCCUUGUUAUCCUCAACAUGCUCAUCAAACAAGUCCGAGGUACCAAUGAUCGAAUCUGCGCUCGAAAUCUCUACGGGGACACCGCCCUUCACUUAUCAUGCUACAGCGGCCGUCUAGACAUUGUAAAGUCAAUUCUUGAUAGUUCUCCAACAAACAUUGUUAAUAUGGAGAACGUGUUCUCAGAGACUCCGUUACAUGCAGCAUGUACCGGUGGAAAAUCGAUAGAACUCGUUUCAUUUCUCAUGAAGUAUCCUGGAGUAGAUCCGAACUAUCAGGGGCAGGAUGGGCAUACAGCACUUCACUCUGCUUGCUACCAUGGUCAUCUGCGAAUUGUACAAUACCUUCUCGAAAAUGGAGCUGAUCAAUCCUUAGCCUCCAGGGCUUUUGAAGGGGGCGCCCUUAGACAACAAGCCGGCCCGGGCACCAAUCGGCCGUCAAAGGUAGCUUCUGCGAUUAUGGCACUAAAUCGAAGUGACACACCUUCCUCAAACGCAUCUUACAAUUCGACAGUAUCACUGGAUGACCAGCAAACUCCGGUUAUCUGGGCUUAUGAGCGUGGCCAUGAUGCGAUUGUGGCUCUACUCAAGCACUAUGCAGCUAGAACUGUUGAAGGGGAUGUCUGCAGUGAAUACAGUUCGGGAGAAUCUUCAUAUACUCCGCUACCAUCUCCAAUGGGUCGUCUAACAAGUUUAACUAGGGAUAAGGCAGAUCUACUACAGUUGAGAUCAGCGUUGCCGGCACCAUUUCAUUUGUGUUUGGCUGAGAUCGAAUUCCAAGAAUCCAUUGGAAGUGGUUCAUUUGGAAAAGUCUACAAAGGAACGUAUCGUGGAAAACUGGUAGCCGUCAAACGGUACAGAGCAAUGGCAUUUGGCUGCAAAUCUGAAACUGACAUGCUUUGUCGAGAAGUUUCCAUUCUAUCACGACUGGCUCAUCCGAAUGUUGUAGCGUUUGUCGGGACAUCGCUAGAUGAUCCGAGUCAAUUCGCAAUCAUCACAGAAUUUGUAGAGAACGGGUCCUUGUUCAGGUUACUCCACGAGGAAAAGCGAGUCAUGGAUCCAGCCUUCCGAUUGAGGAUAUCGCUAGAUGUUGCUCGUGGGAUGCGUUAUCUACACGAGAGUGCUGCCAAACCAGUUAUUCACAGAGAUCUCAACAGUCAUAAUAUUCUGAUUCACGCGGAUGGGCGAAGUGUAGUUGCAGACUUUGGAGAAAGUCGGUUCGUUUGUCAACGAGAGGACGAGAACUUGACGAAGCAACCCGGGAACCUGCGAUGGAUGGCACCGGAGGUGUUCUCUCAAUCUGGAAAAUAUGAUAGAAAAGUCGACGUCUUCAGCUUUGCUCUAGUCAUUUGGGAGAUUCACACCGCGGAGCUCCCAUUCUCACACCUAAAACCUGCGGCGGCGGCGGCUGAGAUGACAUAUAAGCGGGGGAGACCAACACUACCAAAUCAACCAACUGCACAGUUUCCAGCACACAUCUUAAGCUUAAUUCCUCAAGCCUGGCAUCCCGAAUCAAGCUCCCGACCAGAUUUUGUAGAAAUUGUUGCGUUACUCGAGCCACACGUUGAAUCCACGCACACAGAUAUAAGUGCUCCUUCUACAGUAUCCCAGUUGACAUCUCAAUGGGAGCAGCUAAGCGUGGCACCUCCCCCCGCGUCAAAGUUCCCGCCAAUUCUCUCGGCGUUACAUGGGAUCGCUGCUACGGGAACCGUUGAAGAAUUAAGGCAACGGAUUGAUAAUAAUGGUUAUGUUAUUAAUAAGAGUUGAUUGUUACUUUGUGAUAAAUUGAUUAAUAAACACCGUACGAAGAACGA